AUGCCAGACAUGCUCGACGACCGCUCCCAACACUGCGUCCCAUUCAUUCUCGACCGCAUAUCAGACCACCGCGCACACUACCAAAGCAAAAACGAACAGCCACCCCCAUUCUUCCUUGGCCUCAAUGGCGUCCAGGGCGCCGGCAAGACAACGCUCGUAAACACCCUGCACGAAACACUUACACAGCCGCCUCAUAGUCUGCCCACACUCGUGCUGUCGAUCGAUGACCUGUACCUCCCACAUUCAAAGCAGGAAGAACUCGCUGCUGUCCACCCGGACAAUCCUUUGGUGCAACAUCGCGGCGAGCCGUCAACUCACGAUAUUGAGCUUGGGAAGAGGCUAUUCCGCUCCUUAGCGAGUCGUGAGAGCAACAUCAAAGUCCCGGGCUAUGACAAGAGCGCUUUCAACGGCGCUGGCGAUCAGAAGCCGGAGGGUGAGUGGGCAGUCGUCAACGAGGAUGGGAAGGAGAAGGUGGACGUGGUGAUCUUCGAAGGGUGGUGUGUUGGAUUCCGGGCUCUGAGCGACGGUGAGGUGGAGGACAAAUGGAAGCGGGCGAAGGAGGAGUUUGAAAGGAAGGGGGAUGGCUACAAGGGACAGCUGGGGAAGCAGAGGUUGGAGAGCGUGAUGUUUGUGAAUGAGAAGUUGAGGGAGUAUGAUGAGUUGACGGAUCGAUUUGGGGCGUUCAUCCAUAUAGAUGCUGAAGACCCGCUCUACGUGUACGACUGGCGCUUGGAGCCUGAACGGGCGAUGCGAAAGGAGAAAGGCAAGGGAAUGAGCGACGAGCAGGUCAUCAAGUUCGUCGACGGCUACUUCCCAGCCUAUGAGCUGUACACCGAUGUUCUGCGCAACGGAAUCUUCGGCGACGAGAAAGGAAAACAAUUACGGCUCGUGGUCGAGAAAAAUCGGCGUGUGAAGGAUGUCCACCAUCAAUAG